UAGGAGGAGACCAAUCAGAAAAGAAGGUGAAGCAUUGCUUUUCUGAACCCUGGGAAGAUAGUGACGUAAUUCUCGUGGUGAAGAAUGAGAAGUUUCAUGUUCAUCGUCUGAUACUGAGUAUGAACUCUCCAGUGUUCAAGGCUAUGUUCAAAUCACAAUUUAAAGAAGCCACAACCAACGAGAUUCCUCUGCCUGAGAAAAAUGCCAGUGGUGUUCUGGACUUUCUGAAGAUAAUUUACGGCUUCCAAUACAUCCAAGAGAGAGUGGAAAUUACAAUGGAAAAUGUGGAAGAUCUUCUACAAUUAAGUCACGAGUAUCAGGUAAAACAACUCAUAUUCGACCCUUGUGUGAAGUUUCUCGAGGACCAACCUAAAACAAAAGAAAACGUCAUGAAGAUUCUGGCGCUGGCAAAAUUGUACAACCUGGAGAGGGUACAUCAGGGCUGCAUCGACCUGCUCAAGAAUAUGAGACUUGAGUCCCUUUCAGAAACUGUUCAUUUGCAAGAUCUCGACAAGGAACAGACACAAUAUUACCUGACACAAAGGAUUGAACGAUUAGAGACGAUUCUUGACGAGGUGUAUCCCCAGUUUUUCGGGUUAGUGGUGACUCUGAUACCCCUGAUACACAGAGAUAGUAACUACAAAGUGAAAUUGUGCGAAACGCACGUCGACGGCUACUGUAGAGCAUUUCAUCGACCAGUUUCCUAUUUACAAAUCAGAGACUGUCCAGAAUGUAAAAGCAUGUUGAGCGGUCAAAUGGUUCAUCGAACCCGCUGUCGUGUCACAGAUGACGACGACGAUCAUUUCGAUUCUAACCUGUUCUCUGUUAUGCAAGAUUUCUCCAAGCUGAAGAACUAG